CUGCCCCCCCCCCGCAACAUCUGGCUACCCCAGCGUCUGCCUGGUUCUCAACCCCCCCCCCGCUACCCCUCUCUGCCCCCCCCCGCAACAUCUGGCUACCCCAGCGUCUGCCUGGUUCUCAAACCCCCCCCGCUACCCCUCUCUACCCCCCCCCCGCAACAUCUGGCUACCCCAGCGUCUGCCUGGUUCUCAACCCCCCCCCGCUACCCCUCUCUGCCCCCCCCGCAACAUCUGGCUACCCCAGCGUCUGCCUCAUCUCCGAGCCCCCCCCAGCUGCCCCUGCCGCCUCUGCAACAUCUAGAUACCGCCAGCCUUUGCCUCGUCCCCUAGCUGCCCCUGCCUGCCCCCUCUGCAACAUCUGGCUACCACGAUCCUCACUGCCAGCGCCUCUGGCGAGGGCUCCCCAGCCCCCGGGAACCGCUGCCUGCCCCCGGUGGAACAUCUGGCGGCCGGGGCCGCUCCUCUCCACGUCCCCCCGCUGACAUCUGGCCGCCGCAGGGGGCCGCUCUCCUCCUCGGCGGGCGGGGUGGGCAGGGGCUGCGGCGCGGCUCGGCUCGGCUCUCGGAGGAGGCCGAGGGAGCUGCGGAAGCAGAGGCCGCCCGAUGGUGCUGCAGAGCGGCCCGGGAGAGGCAGGGCGGCGGCGGCUGCCCCGGAGCCUGGCUGCCCUGCUCCUGCUCCUGCUCCUGGCUCUGGGGCACACCUGGACCUACCGGGAGGAGCCCGAGGAGCGCGACAGGGAGGUUUGUUCCGAGAACAAGAUCGCCACCAGCCGGUACCCGUGCCUGAAACCCAGCGGCGAGCUGGCCACCUGCUUCAGGAAAAAAUGCUGUAAGGGUUAUAAAUUUGUUCUUGGACAGUGCAUCCCCGAAGACUACGAUGUGUGUGCAGAAGCUCCGUGUGAACAGCAAUGCACAGAUAACUUUGGACGUGUCCUUUGUACAUGUUAUCCUGGAUACCGGUAUGACCGUGAGAGACACAGGAACAGAGAGAAACCCUACUGCCUAGAUAUCGAUGAGUGUGCCACAAACAAUGAGACUCUCUGCUCUCAAAUCUGUGUCAACACCUUGGGUAGUUACAGAUGUGAAUGUCAUGAAGGCUAUAUCCGAGAAGAUGACGGGCGGACUUGCAUCAAAGGAGACAAAGCCGGGCUUUCUGAGAAGGCUGACAACGUGGUGAAAGCAGGAACCUGUUGUGCCUCUUGUAAGGAAUUUCACCAGAUAAAGCAGACGGUUUUACAACUAAAGCAAAAGGUUGCUUUGCUACCAAACAACGCUGCUGACCUUAGCAAACAAAUCACUGGUGAAAAGGUGCUUGCAUCUAAUGCCUAUAUACCAGGCCCCCCUGGGCAACCAGGACACCAAGGCCCUCCAGGGGCCCCGGGACCAAAAGGAAGUCCAGGAUUUCCUGGCUCACCUGGACCUCCAGGCCAGCCAGGUCCUAGAGGAUCAAUGGGACCCAUUGGACCAUCGCCUGACAUAUUACAUAUUAAGCAGGGCAGACGGGGCCCAGUGGGUCCGCCGGGGGCACCAGGGAGAGAUGGUACCAAGGGGGAGAGAGGAGCACCAGGACCAAAAGGGCCACCUGGCCCACCAGGCUCAUUCGAUUUUCUGUUGCUGAUGAUGGCAGACAUCAGAAAUGACAUUGCUGAGCUGCAGGAGCGAGUGUUUGGACACAGGACUCACUCAUCAGCAGAGGAGUUUCCAUUACCUCAGGAAUUUACAAACUAUCAUGACACAGUAGACUUUGGCUCUGGAGAGGACUACAAGCAAAGGAUUGCACCCAAAGACUCUAGGAUGCACAAAACAGCCCAUCAUUAGCUAGGUUUGGUUAUAUACAGCAAAGAGAAAUGUUCAGAGUUGUAUAGUAUAAAAAUGCACUGAUGAUGUAAAAUAUAUAUAUAAUUUUCCAGUUUUCUCUUUUCUUGUCCCCAUGUACUGUAGCUUUCUGUAUUUACAGAGACAUCUACUAGUGGUGGUUACAUACAUUCCAGCCUGUGUCAGUUUUUAUGCUUCGUGUAUGUAGACAUUAUUGUAAUAGAAAUUAGUUGGCUAACUGUCAGUCCGAAGUGUCAUACAAUGAGGUCUAAGGUAAAGCUGGGAGAUGCAUGGGUCCUAAAACUACUUCUGCUUAUCCCUUAAAAAUACCCCACUGCUCAUCCAGUGUAGGCAGUCGGAUCUAUUCAGCAAUAGAUUUCUGGCUGUGCAAUGAGAGAAUAUGGUCUAUACGUGAUGUGGGGGUGGGAAAGGGAGCAGGAAAUUUACUAAGAGGAAGAACUGGUGUGAAUGAGACAAGUUUGCUGAUUUAUACAGAUAAAAUCAACCAACUCUUGGUGGUGGCAAAAUGACUGUCAGGUUCAGUUAUCUGAAAGGAGUGGCAAUAUACAUUGUGGAUGACUUGGGGUACACUAACUGAUUCUGAUCUCACUUACACCCGUGAAAGUCAUCCCAUUGAAUUCAAUGGUGAUACACUGAUGUAAAUGAGAUCAGAACGAGGCCUAAUGUUUGCAAAAGAAUUUUCAUCCAAUUUGUUUCUACAGACUAGCACUAGCAUCUGCUGUCUGCGUUGGAGGUAACUGACGUUCUUCUAAGUGUAAUAUGUCACAAGAAUCUUUGACUCAGUAUAUAAUGAAGAGCAGUGAUUAAAGGAGUACAUAUGACCAAACACUGUAGCUGGUGCUUGGGAUGGCAUGGGUGAACUCUGAAGAAAGUCACAUCGCUGCCCUGGGGCCAGAGAGAAAAUCAUUGUUUGAAAGCGGGAUUGAAGAAUUAAUAGGGAACUCAUUCCUCACACUUUUCCAUACUGAAAAGUUGGAUCAACAAGUUAGUGUACCCCUAGUCAUCUACAACAUAUAUUACCUCUCCUGGCAGAUUAUUGAACCUGGCAGGCACUUUGCCACCAUUAUAGUCUACACAGUUUUUCCAGUGCAUUAAGCACAAGCAUUUUAUUUGCAUGGUUCCUCUUACUACAGUACUUGUAGUGUUAAGAAGACAGCUUCCCUGUGACAAAUGCAAAAGAAAACCCCUCAUUGCUCCACUUCAUCUUCAGGACUUGUGUGUUCUCCCUAGAGCAAGUAUGGACAGUGAUAUAAGCAGCAUCUUUCCAAGAUGCGUGGGUUGGUUGGGGCUUUUUUUUGGGAGGAGGGGGUCUCCUCUCCAGAGGGCAACUACUAUAAUUCCUAUACCUGUAGUACUGUCCAUGUUGGCUACCCUGCAAUUAAAAAGCCCUGGCUGGUCCAUGCUAGCUGACUCGGGCUCGCAGGGCUCAGGCUAAGGGGAUUUUUAACUGCAGUGUAGAUAUUCAGGCUCAGGCUGAACCCCGAGCCUGAACAUCUACACCACAGUUAGCCCGAGUCAGCUGUCACGGGCCAGUCACAGGUGUCUAAUUGCAGUAUAGACAUACCCAUACUAUAUUAACCAUGUAGUUCAAACCCUUAAUAUUAGCCCUGCAGUGUGUCAGCAAAGGAGCAGGGAAUCUCAGGAAAUCUUGAAAUUUGCAAAAUUUCUUUGCAAAUUAUCCUCAGAUACCUUUUCAAUUCCUUCCAAUGGGUAUAUUUCUGCAGAUCAUAUACAAUAAGUUUUUUCUUCAUUCCUGUUUUCUUGAUCUUGUGUGUAUAUCCCAAAUUAAAAAGAACUGACUACAUAAUCAGUAAAGAUUAGGCUAAUUACACUAGCUCAUGGACCUUCAAUGCUCUGAAGAGUUUUGUGAGCUGCAGAUUGAAAUAUUUUGAGAACCAAGCAGUGGGGGUUAGGGUUGUGGGAAGGAAGGUGUGUCCAGAAGUGGAAUAAUCUUUGAGUCAGCAUAAUGGAAGACCUAAACCAGUGUUAGGUGAGCUGUAUAUGGCCCACUUAGGGCUUGUGUUCACUUACCAGGGAAUGGACAUGCGGCGAUCAAUCCACCAGGGGUUGAUUUAGUGGGUCUAGUGAAGACCCACUAAAUCAACCACCAGUCGCUCUCCCGUUGACUCUGGUACUCCACCGGAAUGAGAAGUAUAAGGUAAGUCGAUGGGAGAGUUUCUUCCAUUGACCCAGUGCAGUGUGAACACCUCAAUAAGUCGACCUAAAGUACGACAUUAUUCACGUGCUGGAGUUGUGUAAUUUAGGUUGACUUAGCCCCGUAGUGUAGACCUUCCCUUAGUUAAUUUCAUGAAGGUAACUAUUUAUAGUCACAAUCUUAAACUAUAUAUAUACCCAUACAUCCAAUUAUGUCAUGCACUUAACCUGCUGGAUCAGGUUGAUACUCUCCAUACAUUAAUAAGCUGCAGGGUUUUUUGGAACACAAACUACUGAACAGGAUGUUUUGGAAAUCAAUCAAGAUUUUUUGCCCCCAAAGAAAAUGUGAUCUAAAAUAAGGCAUUGGUUUUAGUUCUAGGCUUUGCUUUUUCAGUUCUAGGAAAACAACAAAUUAAAGCUUCUGGACACCCAAAGGGACAGAUUGCCCUGGUGUGCAGCAAUACCCAUGGGAGGAGAAUUCUGACCCUGAAUCAGGAAGUUGCUUAAGCACAUACCUAACUUUAAGUGUGCAAGUAGUCCCAUUGACAUCCAUGGGGAUUACUAAACACAUGUUUAAGUACCUUCCUGAAUCUGGGCCUUAGUACGGUUCCCCUAGUGGAAUGUCCAUCAUGUCACUUCAAUUAGUUGGGCACAAGGUUUUCUGCAGGUCCUUGCCCCCAGUGGAACAGGCAUGGGGAUGAGCCCCCACAACCUGUGUAUAGGGCUCUUCCAGGGGCCAAGGCCAUCCAUGCCUCUCCCACUCAUACAAUCAUAGAAGAUAGGGUUGGAAGAGACCUCAGGAGGUCAUCUAGUCCAACCCCCUUCUCAAAGCAGGACCCACCCCAACUAAAUCAUCCCAGCCAGGGCUUUGUCAGGCCUUAAAAACCUCUAAGGAUGGAGAUUCCACCACCUCCCUAGCAUUCCAGUGCUUCACCACCCUUGUAGUGAAAUAGUUUUUCCUAAUUUCCAACCUAGACCUCCCCCACUGCAACUUGAGACCAUUACUCCUUGUUCUGUCAUCUGCUACCACUGAGAACAGCCCAGUUCCAUCCUCUCUGGAACCCCCCUUCAGUAGUUGAAGGUUGCUAUUGAAUCCCCCCUCACUCUUCUCUUCUGCAGACUAAAUAAGCCCAGUGACUAAAUAAGCCAGGCUCUCCUCAUAAAUCAUGUGCUCCGGUCCCCUAAUCAUUUUUGUUGCCCUCUGCUGGAUUCUCUCCAAUUUGUCCACAUCCUUUCUGUAGUGGGGGGCCCAAAACUGGACACAAUACUCCAGAUGUGGCCUUACCAGUGCCGAAUAGAGGGGAAUAAUCACUUCCAUCGAUCUGUUGGCAAUGCUCCUACUAAUGCAGCCCGAUAUGCUGUUAGCCUUCUUGGCAACAAGGGCACACUGCUGACUCAUAUCCAGCUUCUCAUCCACUGUAAUCCCCAGGUCCCUUUCUGCAGAACUGCUGCCAGCCAGUCGGUCCACAGCCUGUAGUGGUGCAUGUGAUUCUUCUGUCCUAAGUGAAGGACUCUGCACUUGUCCUUGUUGAACCUCAUCAGAUUUCCUUUGGCCCAAUCCUCCAAUUUGUCUAGGUCACUCUGGGCCCUAUCCCUACCAUCCAGCAUAUCUACCACUCCCCACAACGUAGUGUCAUCCGCAAACUUGUUGAGGGUGCAAUUCAUCCCAUCAUCCAGAUCAUUAAUGAAGAUGUUGAAUAAAACCGGCCCCAGGACCAACCCCAGGGAACUCUGCUUGAUACCUGCCAAUUAGAUAUUGAGCCAUUGAUCACUCCCCGUUGAGCCCAACGAUCUAGCCAGCUUUCUAUCCACCUCAUCUGUGGCAGCCCAGUUCUGGGGAAGCUGUGCUGAAUGGGCUUCCCUCUUUGGCCACUCCCCUUGUGGCAUCCUUAAAAGGAGGAUAACCAUGGAAAAUGUUAGGUGGGCUAAGGUGUUACUUCUUGAGCAAACGCCAUGUAGUUCUCUGGGGUAGGAGAUUUAACUGAGCAGUACUUCUGGUCUCAUCCUUGGGCUUCCUUCUCCCCCCGCCCCUCCCCACCAUGGAUUCACAACCCCACAGAGGGUCUAGGUUGGGUCCCAGGGACUGGGGGAUGGUGCUAUUGAGCAAGGUCUGCCAUUUUCACAUUGCAGCAGGAGUUCCUCUGGCAGGGUGACCUCUUCUGGGAUGAUCUAGCCCUAGGUGUGCUUACAGAGCAGAGAUCUUUGGGAGGGACCUUCUUAUAUUUUCAGUUAAGCAUAUGAUAGUUUUCAUCAUAAAGGAGUUGUAGCAGUAAUUGUUCAGUUUUGGAUUCUGAAAGAGAGACUUAUAUACAUAUACACGCACACAAAUCCUCAGAUAAAAAAGGUAAGGUAUUUUCUGUGACUUAUUUGAAGCAUUGAAAAUCCAAAUAAGAUAAAUCGAUUCAGGACGAGGUUUUUUAAAUUGUAAAUUACUUGCUCCUUUAUAAUUCUUAAAAUGACAAAAAAAACCCCAAAAACAAGAUCUCAACAUACGGAUAUAGCAACAGUCACCCUUCUGGCUAGUUUCAUUAUUUAGUCUCAUGCACAUGACAACUUUUGUUUCAUCAGCUAAAUACCAUGUAUAAUUUUAUUAGAAAGAAAUAUUAUUUUGAUGAAUUAAAAAUGUGCUAAGUUUAAAAGAGAAGGAUACUAAGGUGAAAAGUUCAUUAUUUUAUUAAUAUUGGAAAUAAAUAUUUAAUUGAAACAUUUUUAGACAUAUGUAGUGAUGGGCAGAAUUCUUAUCAUUAAUGGGUUAGUAUUAGUUUUUAACAAAAUUAGAUCAACAAAGCUGGAAGAAAUUUUUGACUCUCCCAACAAUAAAGUCAAUAUGAGAUUAGCCAUUCAUGUAAAGCUAGAAUAGUAAAGCAAAAAGUACAGCCUGAAAAUGUUCAGUGUAGUCAUGGUAAAUCAGAAAAUCAUGGGGAAAAAAAAAGUUGAAGUAGCAUUCAAGUAAUAGCUUGUUGGUAUCACAGUGUAAAAGAGUCUCUAAUCAAGUCACUUCCUGGUUGUAUUUCAUAGUUAAUAAAUUAGAACCCCAUUGACGUCAUGAAAGAUGAGAAUUGGGUCCAUGAAUUUGUUUUUAAUUUGCCAGGACUCACAAUUUUGUUCCAGUUACACAUUUUGUACACCGCUCGUGUUAUUUAUAAUAAGUAUAUGAAAUACUAAGAUGCAUAUAAAGUUGAUUAUAUGAUGUACUCUUAAUAACAAAGAUAUUUUUUUAUGCUGUUGGGAGUUGCUUUUGUUACAAAUCUUUUCCCUGAAACUUUCCAGGUUUUGUUUUGGUAAAAACAAAAUGACUAGGAGCUACAAAAGAAUAUCAGCCCCCUGAAACAUGAGUCAGAUUCCUGUUUAUUAUUUCACACGUAACAAAGUGUGUUAUACAGGCCCUUCUGUAUCAAAAUAGAGAUUUACUAAAUCUUU